AUGUCGGCUACAGCUCUCAAUUUACAACUUCGUCCUGUUGUGACAGAUGAGUCCUGGAAGCUUGUCACUAGGCUGCUCGAGGAAAACCACAAGCGCUUCGAAAUUGUAUACCACGGGUAUUUCGCAUCUCAUGUGGCUCAUGAUUUGCUCUCCUUGUACAAGCUGAAGGCUCCUAUAUCACGAAUCCAACAAUGCUAUGAUUAUCAUGCGUCAUACCUAGAAACUCCCAAACCAUCUAUAAACUACAUCAAUGCUCAGAACUGGAGUCAUCAUCUAGGCCAAGAAAAGUAUAAGCAGGACUAUCGCGAUUUUUUCGAUUCUGAAAUCGAACGCUUGGGAUUCUCCCAGACCGUAUAUACAUAUCUACCACGUCUUAUACCAUCACUGAUCUCGGAAGCCUUCCAUCCAUUUAUACAUAUGGGCUUUGCUCUUGAAUUCGAACACCCGCUACUCUUGUCUGAAGCGUUGGCAUUCUGGUGUUUUGGAAGUAACCCAAUAUCACCGAUAAACACUCGAAGUCAUGAUGGAAACAAGUCUUUGGUUGAGGUUGUAGGUAUGGCUAUGAACGACUCGGAAUUGAAGAGCAAUGCAAAACAUAAUGACAAGUUUGAUGACCGAGCUCAUAAUGCGGCAUCUGGAAAUGGAGCGAGUAUCAUAAACAAGUAUGUGGAUAUGUGGUCGUUAGGUGAAACCAUCACAACAGCAAGUAUCGCAGAUAAAGUCAAAGAAAUCAGAACAGCCGCAAUGUAUGCCUUCACUAGUUUUGGAAGUAGAGAUGACAAACCACCACCGAAACUGGACUUCUUUAUGGCACAUGGAGUAACAGCUUCUCACGCCCUAUCAUGUAUCGUAAAGUAUUUGAAUGGACGAACAGAAGAUCAGGUAGCAAUACUUCGAUAUUUUGUACAGGGGCUGAUUAUAGCUUGUUGGGCUCAAGGUGGAUGGCCUGUAUCUUCAAAAGUCGUGGAAUCGUAUCCGAUAGGUGAGGGUGGGGAUGUGUGGUCUGAAGUCAUGGCCAAAGGAAUCGCCAGCAAAGACGAUCAUAUACCUAAACUGGUGUGCGCAUUCAAACAGGAUGAGCUCAAGUAUGGGUAUUCGAAUGGUGUGUAUAUGAAGGCUGCUAAGUUGACUGUGGAUACCUUUGGUGGUAAGGAUGAGCACUGGGAGUAUGAUGGCGCAGGGUUCAAGUUGCAGUCUCGAAUAUAA